AUGAACGAGCUGGACGCGUUGUACGCUCAGGCGAAUUACGUCGUUCGAGACGUGGACUAUAAGUGUUUCCCACCUGAGACUUUAAGAUUCACCCGCGAGUGGAGCAAGGACAUCACGUUCCUGGAAACGUUAGGCAUGACUGAUAUCCAGGACGACGAUAAUACUGCAGCUAGAGCGUAUCGCCUGGACUUCUCCGAGGACUUAAGGUACAACGACACUUUGCAGAUCUACUUGACGUUGAGGCGAUAUAUCGAGGACGGGCGAAUGGCCAAGAGCCAGCGACACUAUUACAGGACUUGUAUCCGCUUGAUGCCCAUUGGCUUUGACUUGGAAUCGGACACGACCACACGGGCGAGCAGAUUCGUAAAGCUUCGCAUGAGGGCGGACGAGGUGGACGAGGCGGACGUGAUCGACGUGGAGCAAAUGAUGGCCAAACUGAUGCAAAGCUACCGUUAG